AAGAUUCAAAACCCUUUUCUCUCUCUUUUUGCAAUGGCCGCAGUUCCCAAAACUGUAAUCCUAGUGAGCUCCGACGGCGAGCGCUUCGUGAUCGCCGAAACCCUAGCGAAGCAGUCGACAACGAUCGGGAAUAUAAUCGAUGACGGCUGCUGCGACGCCCCGAUCCCGAUCCCCAACGUCAGCGGCAAAGUCCUAGCCAAGGUGAUCGAAUACCUCAACAACCACGGCGGCGGCGGCAGCAGCGCCGAGAAGGAGAAGAAGGACGAGGAGUUGUUCGGCGGCGUUGCCGUGAAAGAGCACCUCGACUAUGCCACAGCUGCCGGCUAUCUUGACAUCAAAGGUCUAGUCGAUCUCCUAUCGAAGAAGAUCGCCAAUAUUAUAAAAACCAAAGAGGUGGAGGAGGUCAGGACCAUUUUCGGCAUCGAAAACGAUUACACGCCGGCGGAGGAGGAGGCGAUUAGGAAACAGUACGCAUGGGCAUAUUGAUCGAUUAUGUUUCAAAUUAGGGCUUUUCUUUCCUUUUUUGUUUUUGGUGAUAAAUAAUUAUGGAUUAGGGUUUUUUCCCCUAUGUUGUUAGGAGAGAAUUCGUUAUUUCAUAAUUAUCACGCAUAUUUUUUGUUCUUUAUCAUGUUCAUCUUCAAGGAAUAUAAUUUAAUUUAGUAAA